AUGAAAACAGAUGGUUCUGCAGAAAAUUAGGCUCUUACAAAUGGAAAUGGAGCAGUUUCAUAGCCAUAAUAAGAACCAAUGGUUCCAUAUUUUGAACUCCUUAGGUAUGCCAGUCCUAAAGACAAAAUUCUAAUGUUUAUAGGUGGAUUUGCAGCCUUUUGCAAUGGAGCUGCAUUUCCAAGUUUUUCAAUCAUCUUUGGAGAUAUGACUGACUCAUUCUCAGAAGCAGGAGAUGAGAUGGUUCGUCAAGCUGGAUUGAAUGCAAUGUAAAUUUAGUAAUAAUCAAUAUAGAUAUUUCAUUAUUGUGGCUGUUGGAACAAUGCUUAUGUCAUUCACAAUGUUUGCCACAUGGAUGAUAACUGGUGAGAAUCAAAGUAUAGAAUUUAGAAAGAGAUACUUCUCUGCUAUUUUAAGACAAGAAAUUGGAUGGUUUGAUACUAUUAAUCCAAACGAACUGAAUAGUAAAGUGGCAAAUGAGACCUUUGCAGUAUAGGGAGCUAUAGGAGAGAAAGUUCCUACAUUUAUUAUGACUUUCUCAAUGUCUUUCUUUGGCUUCUUAAUUGGUUACAUUUAGUAAUAAUUUUUAUCAUAAAUAUUUUUAGUGGUUGGUAAUUAGCUUUGGUAGUCACAGCCACUUUACCAGCAAUCUCUAUAGCCACAGCCAUAUUUGCCAUCAUUAUUUAAACAUCUGAAAAUGCUACCCAAAAAGCAUAUUCUGAUGCAGGAGCAUUAGCAGAAUAAGCAAUCAAUGCAAUUAAGACAGUAAAGAUGUUAGAUGGUGAAGACUUUGAAGUUGAAAAAUAUAAAAAGCAUCUUAUUGAAGCAACUGCUACAACAAUUAGUUAUUAAUUCGGUGUAGGUUUGGCUUUCGGUUUUUUAUGGGCAGCCAUGCUUUGGGCUUAUGCUCUUGGUUUUUGGUAUGGAGCAAAAUUGAUCUCUGAUUAAGUAUUAUAAUAAAUUAAUAUCCAUAGACUCUUAAUCAUAAUAUGGGAACUGUUUAUACAGUAGGAGAUGUAAUGAUUAUCUUUUUUGCCAUUUUAACUGGAGGAUUCUCAUUAGGUUAGGCUGGUCCUUGUGUAUAGAAUUUUGCUAAGGGUAGAUAAGCAGCUGUUAAAAUGUUUGCCAUUUUAGAUAGAAAUCCAAAAAUUGUUAAUCCUCUUAAUCCAUUAAAAUUAACAUCUUUUAAUGGAACAAUUUUAUUGAGAAAUAUUUAAUUUAGUUAUCCAAAUAGACCAGAUCAAAAAAUAUUAAAAGGAUUAACAUUAAAUAUACCAGCUGGUAAGAAAGUAGCUUUGGUAGGAGAGAGUGGUUGUGGUAAAUCUACUGUAAUGUAAUUGAUUGAAAGAUUCUAUGAUUGUGAAGAAGGAGAAGUAUUAUUUGGUGGAGCUGAUGGAAUUAAUGUAAAAGACUUAGAUUUAAUUGAUUUGAGAAGUAGAAUUGGUCUUGUUGGAUAAGAACCUGUAUUAUUUGCAACAAGUAUAAGAGAAAAUCUAUUGUAUGGAAAAACAGAUGCAACAGAAUCUGAAAUGAUAGAUGCUUUGAAGAAAGCUAAUGCUUGGGAUUUUGUAUCUAAAAUGGAUAAGGGAUUAGAGACUUAUGUUGGUAUUGGAGGUGGUUAAUUGAGUGGUGGAUAGAAAUAAAGAAUUGCUAUUGCUAGAGCUAUAUUAAAGAGACCAUAGAUAUUAUUACUUGAUGAAGCUACUAGUGCUUUGGACAGAACCAAUGAAAGAUUAAUCUAAGAAACAUUGGAUGAAGUAUCAAAGGGAAUUACAACAAUUGUUAUUGCUCAUAGAUUAAGUACAAUCUAAAAUGCUGAUUUAAUUUAUGUUAUUGAUAAAGGUGUUGUAGUUGAAAAAGGAACUCAUUAAGAAUUAAUGAAUAUGCAUGGAAAAUAUGAAAUAUUGGCUAAGAAUUAAAUCCAAGCAUAACAUUAAGACAAUGAUUCUGGAUCUUCAAGUUCUGGUCCUUCAUAAAAGAAUCUUUAAGAUUAAUAAAUAGGUUCUUAAAGAUCAUUAAAAUUAAAGAUGAAUAUGGUUGAUUAACAAAAUAUAGCUAUUGCUGUUAAAUAAGAAAUUGAUAGAUUUAAGGAAUUGGAAGUACCUGAAUUAGUUAAGAAGGUUUCUGGUUAAGGACAUCAUCAUCAUCAUCAUCACCAUCAUCAUGUCAAAAAUGAAACAGAUUUAGAAACAUAACCAUUACCUAAGAAAGAGGAACCUAAAAAAGAUGUAGAUGCAUAAAUGGGUAGAUUGUUCACUUACAAUUCUGAUGAGAAACCUUAAUUUUUUAUUGGUAUUAUAGCAGCUUUAGCUAAUGGAUGUACAUUUCCAGUAUUCUCAUUAUUCUUAGCUGAAAUGAUUACUGUUUUAGUUGAAUCUAAUCCUUCAUUUGCUGAUUACAAAUGUACAAUUACAUACGAUAAUCCUACACCAGAAUUGUGUUAACUCUUAAAAGAUGAUUUAAAGGAUGAAGUAAAAACUAAAGCAGAUAGACUUGCUCUUUGGUUUUUCUUAAUUGGUGUUGCAGCUUAAGUUUUGUGGACAUUCUAAAUGUAUUUCUUGGCCUAUGUAGGAGAGAAACUCACUUGUAAAUUAAGAUUAGAUACAUAUAGAAAAUUAUUAAGAAUGCCUAUUCCAUAUUUUGAUAUUCCUAAAAAUAAUGCAGGUACUUUAACGAGUAGAUUGUCUGUUGAUUGUAAAUUGAUUAAUGGACUUACUUCAUCAAUUUUAGGUAUUAACAUAUCAAAUGUUGGUGCUUUAAUUUGUGGAUUGGUUAUUUCAUUUGUUGCUAGUUGGUAAAUGACAUUAAUUAUGCUUGGAUUGGCUCCUUUGUCAUAUGUUGGAGGAAUAUUAUAAGCUAAAUUUUUAUAAGGAUUCUCAGAUCUUACUGAUGAAGCAUACAAAGAUUCUGGUAAUUUAAUUAUGGAAGCUGUUACUAAUAUUAGAACUGUAGUUUCUUUUGGUAAUGAAUAAAUUAUUCUUGGAAUAUAUUCAAAGAAGGUUUAACUUCCAUUAAUGAAAGCAAAAGAAAGAGGAAUAUAUGCUGGUUUGGCAUUUGGAUUUUCAUAAAUGUAAAUGUUUAUCAUAAAUGCAAUUGUUUUUUAUGUUGGAGCUAUUCUAUGCAGAGAUGAAGUUAUAACAAUAGAAGGUAUGUUUAAAUCCAUUCUUGCUAUUACAUUUGCAACUAUGAGUGCAGGAAAUAAUGCAGCAUUUGCAGGUGAUAUUGGAGCAGCUAAAAAUGCCAGUAGGAACAUUUUUGAAAUUUUAGAUAGUGAAGAUGAAUUUUAGAGAGAAGAAAGAUUAAAAAAAUAAAAGAUUACUAAACCUGUAUAAGGAGAUAUUCAUUUCAAUAAUCUAACAUUCAAAUAUGUAGGAAGAGAUAAGAAUGUAUUUGAAAAUUUGAGUUUGACUGUUAAAUAAGGAUAGAAAGUUGCAUUUGUAGGUCCUUCUGGUUGUGGUAAAUCUACUUUGAUGUAAAUGUUAAUGAGAUUUUAUGAACCUGAUUAAGGUAUCAUCACUAUUAAUGGUAUUGAUAUCACAGAUUAUGAUAUCAGAUAUAUAAGAAGACAAUUUGGUAUUGUUUCAUAAGAACCAGUUUUAUUCAAUGGUACUAUUAAGGAAAAUAUACAAUAUAAUUUACCUGCUAUUACUAAUGAGUAAAUAGAAAAUGCAGCCAAAAAAGCAAAUGCUUAUGACUUUAUCAUUAAAAAUUAAUUUGAAGAAACAUAAGUAGAAUAAAAGGGAAAUGAAAAACAAAGAGGAUAAGGAUUUGAUAGAUAAGUAGGACCAAAAGGUGCCUAGAUAUCAGGAGGUCAAAAAUAAAGAAUUGCUAUUGCUAGAGCUAUUCUUAGAGAUUCAAAUCUAUUAUUACUUGAUGAAGCUACUAGUGCUCUCGAUGCUGCCAGUGAAUAAUUAGUGUAAGACAGUUUAAAUAAACUCAUGGAAGGUAAAACUACAGUUGCAAUUGCUCAUCGAAUCUCAACAAUCAAAGUAUUUAAUAUAUAAUAUUUUAUUAGGACUCUGAUGUUAUUUAUGUCUUCGAAGAUGGCAAAAUCGUUGAAGAAGGUAAUUAUUAAACAUUGGUUGGUCUUAAAGGUUCAUUCUAUAGACUUGAAUAAGGAAUUGCUAAAUGAUU